AUGGACUCACCAUGGAGAUCAGAAUUAUAUAAGCCAUCCUCAGCUUGUGAGAUUUCUCCGUAUCAAAUUCUAGAGGCAGAACCCUUGGAGUCCGAAAUUAAAGCAUUGACUCAAUUCACAAAGGACAUUACUGAGACCGCAUACGACCCUGAAAACUGGCUUUACCGAGGAAACUGCCUCCGUCAAUUAGGGUAUCCAGAACUUGCUCUUGGCGAUGUUCAUAAAGCCCGGCUUCUAGUCGAAGCUGCCUUAAAGAACGAUUCUACCUUAGGUACUGAUGCGUACAAAGCAUAUAGUCAAAAGAUAUAUCAGCUGCACCAGACCGACCCAGCAUGGAUGCCGAGGAAGGCACAGGUUGCGACUCCAGAAUCUCUUCAUGCCUUAGUCACAAUUCUAUUGAAGAGACUUGAGCUUCAGAUCUGGUCGGAACUGAUGGAAGGCCUGAUGGCUUCCAACUGCUGUGCAGACUAUCUUGCGGCAAGUAAAGAGGCCGUUGCCAGAUUUCCUGAUGACAAGGUUUUUCCUUCCGAAGUAGCGAAUGCCGAGUCAUGGUUUGAGCAGCGGCAAGAUAUCCUCCAGGGAUAUGUUGACGACGGAGAAAUGACAACAGAAGCCAUGACAAGUACUCUUUACAACGGAGGUGUCUACCCCACAGCGUAUCCAUGGAUGACCGAAGAUCUUGUCACAAGAUCUGAUAAAUCAAUAGAAAAGGUAGCCACUGAAUUUUCUUCUGCAUCUUCCAACUGCGUAGUCUCGAAGAGUACAAUUAGACUGGCUUCAUCCCCCGAAGAAGUUUUGGAGAUGGAUGUGCUUGGAGUCGUGGCAAUAAAAGAUAUUCUGGCUCAAGAACCAGUCCUUUAUGACCCUACGCUUGCUGCUGUAGUUGACAGUGCCGGUCGUUGUCCCGCUUGCUGUGGGCCGGUUCUGGAUGGGGUUGAAAAUUCUUGUUGCAGAACUUCUUAUUGCAGCCCUUUGUGCUCCCAGCGUGCGCUGGAUAGUUAUCACACCGUCGUUUGUGGUAAGGAUUUCGAUUUCCUGUAUGAAACUAAACCAGUAUCCUCGUCAAGCUCCACAGAAUCGUUUAUUGGAUCUAAAUUGCUCCUCCGAGUCCUCGCCCUUUCUAUUAGAGAAAAUACUGCAAAUCCUCUACAGUCUUCUCUCAUUUCACGUCUCACGCCCGCUUACAAUCCAAACAAUCCUCAACUCAUCGCCUUCAACUUCACAGAUCAUAUCACGACACCAAUCCAGAUCCUCGGCGAGCUUGGCGUCGAUGUCUUCACGAACGGCAUGUAUGAUACAUGGGUACUGCACACUAUUCAUUGCCGGCUGCAAAAUAAUAAACACGGACAGACCUUUGAUAAUUUCCGUGGAACUGCCAUAAAUCCGCUAUACUCCAUGUUUAAUCAUAGUUGUGAUCCUAAUGUUGAUUGGAGACAUGACCAUGAAAAUAGUACAGUAACCAUGUUUGCCGAAAGGAAUAUCAAGAAAGGGGAGGAAAUGUUUAUUUCGUAUAUUGGCAAAGGCGAUAGUCUUAAGGACAGACAAAGGAAACUAAUGCCCUGGUUCGGCAUGGAGUGUGCGUGCCACAAGUGUGAUGAGGAGAACAUAGAAGCGUUGGCUGCAGUCUUGACUUUAUGA